AUGAUGAAACCAGUUGAUAAAUACAAAAGUAAUGAAUCAAAGAGGAUUUCAGCAGGUGCAGAUAAGAAGCGUAAAAUAAAACAUCGUGAACUAAAACAUAACCAUAAAGAUUCCAAGAAUAGGAAAGAGGAACUUCAAGAUGUGAAAAAGCUAGGAAACGAACAAAAAGCAAUUGGGGAUACGGACAAAAGCAAAAACAAGAAGAUUCCUCCAGGUAGAAUGAGAAAGUUAAAUGAGAAAGUUAGCAUCACUUACGAUAGAUAAAUUGAUAAGGCAAAGAAAUCGGAAGUUAAGGAUGUACAACUUGCUAAAUGUUCUAAAAGUAACUCAAUGAAAGAUUCAGCAGAGGUCAAGAAAUCCAAAAAAGAAAGCAUAAAGAAAGACAAGAAGUCAGCAGUGAAACCAGCAAAGAUUGCUGGAAUUUUGGAGAAGUUUGCAGAAACUUCGGAUAAGAAUAAAGCAGAACGAAUAACUUUGAAACAGAAGGGUGUAAACAAGUCUGGCAAAGGGUCGGA